GCUUGUCUGGUGUGUGUGACCCAGGGAAAGUCAUGGGAAUUUUGGGAUAAAGUUUCUACGAGUGACAAGCCAUGGCUCACAAGACUGGUACUAUUUACUAUCGACUCUUAUUCAUCUUUUUGUGGCUCUACGCUUCUGUGUCCAGUUAUACAGAACCUACAACCCCAGAGAGCUACACAUCCAACCAAAGCGUCAACACAAUUGUCUCUCUGUUCGGUAAAACAGCUGCACCUCUUGACACUCAUGCAAAUGUGCAUUCCAAUGCGACUGAUAUCAUGCGGAAACCUCCUGCAGAAUCGACCACUGUGGCAAGACUGGCAGCUGAGACUAAGACUGGCAUUUCCAUGGCACCAUCUCGGUCUGUGUCUGGCGUUCUUGGAGUAACAACUGCAGGAGCUCAGAUUGAAACUGAUAUUCUUGUGGCAAAUAAGACUGGAAUCCGUGUGAUAUCUACCGCCAACCCCAAGGCUGGUACCAAUGUGGCAGCUGCUACAGCAACUAGGCUUGCUAACGACAGCAAACAAAGAGUGAUAACUGGACGUGGCUUUACUGGAGUCACUACAACAGCUACUAAGCCUGUAAUUACGGCACCACCUAAGAUCGAAGAUCAAAAUGAUAAAGUAUCAAAUGUAAUAACUCCUCCUGGUCUCAACAAAGAAACUAGUACAAAAAAGCAUUCAGGGGGAUCGGAAAACCAAGCAUUUACUACUAUGGCAACUACUACUGCCAUUAAUAUUACUACUGCUACUACUCCUACUACUACCAUCACUACUACUAAAGCCUCUGAUGCUACUUCUUCUACUGUUGGUACCAGCACCACCACAGCUGUUACAUUACAAACCCAUAUAAAUUCUGAGCCUAUUACUAACAGUUCUGCAACGCAGUAUUCAACCAGUAACAAAGUGGAAACCACCCCCAACCAAACUUCCAUUCAGAUAAUGGGUACUACAAUGGGCACAGCAAAUAUGUCCAUUACCAACACUACCAACACUAAAACCAAUUCCACUACUUCAGCAAGCGGCCUGGUGCCCAGUCUGAUUACUAAUACUACUACAAACAAUUAUACUAGCCUGGCAACUGUUAGUGCAAACGAGUCAACCAGUACCUUUAUUACCAGUCCUUUAGGUAAUGCUACUAGCAACUUUUUGACCAAAACCAAAGCAAAGCCAACUAGCACCAUCAGUCGUAUAACCUACACCACAUCUUCCCAUACUAGUAGUCUACAAAGCAGUACGGAAACUAGUAGUCACAUAACCACUACUACCAGAGUAACAGGUGAUACUACAAGAGUGUCACAGAUGAACCAUGUAACCAAUACUACCAGUAAUGUUACCAACAGCCUUUUCACCUAUACCACUAGAAGCCCAACUAGCAGUAUGAUAAACAAUACCACACCUAAAAGCACCAUUAGUCUUGUAGCUUAUACAACAUCUUUGCCAACGAGCAGUCUGGUAACCAAUGCAACAAAUCAAUUUAUCAGCUCCAAUAACUCUAAUGCCACUUCAGCAACAAGUCUCAUAACCAAUACAACAUCUAAUGGUACCAGCAGUGUUUCAACGUUUACUACCACUUUGCCAGCCAACAGCACAAUAACCACUGCAGCAACUAAACCAACUUUUAUCAACUUCAAUGUAACUUCACCAAAUAAUAGUUCUCAAAACAACACAACAGCUACAGGCAUCAGCAGUCUUACAACCUAUCCUUCAACUUCUCCCACUACCAGUCCCAUAACCAGUUCCUAUGCUGCUCAUCGGACAAAUAACUUUACAUUAGCCACAGACCUUCCACCUGAUAAUAUGCAAAAUCCUGUUACAAUUCUGACGAUGAACACAACAGCCAAAGAAGCUACCAGGUUCCCAAUUAAUACAACUAACCCAACAAGCUUGGAUGUGAAAGUAACCUCUCCCGGUGAAAAUUACAGAACAGUCGAUUCAGCUGUGCUAAUGCUAAGGAUGAACAGCUGCACUCCAGUUGAUAACAACACUGUAAAGACCAUUGAUGCCAUUAUUGAAAAGACUUGUUCCAUAUUCAGUCACAGAUUUGGCAUCAAAGCCGUCACACUGACGUUUCGUGGCAACACAAAAUCUGUUUCCUGCUCGUCUGUUUUAUUCAGCCAACAGUAAGGGGACAGAAUACGGGAAAUUGUGCAAUUGUCAUGAUGUGACGCCUAAAGAGACUUAUUUCAAGAUCACCGUGCAUGUCAAUGCUUCUUGCAAACUAGAGUACCACCCUGGUGCAGGAGAAGUCAACUGCCAUUAUUAACUGCCCAUAAGGCACAAAACGCAUAAGGUUAUUAAAUUUUUUCUUUAAAUGAAUCUACUUUUUUUUAACUGUUUAUAAAGAACUUCAACAUCUUCUUCAUCCAGAAGAUCUUUAUUUUCUAGAUCAGGCGUGAGGAGAUCAAGAGUGGCUUGUACAUGAUAGUCUUUGUCUCCUCCGUUUAAAGGCAACAUUUAUUUUAAAGGUUGGGUAUAGCUAAUACUAUUGUAACUACUUGUUUAUUUUUCUAAUUAUUUAGAAUUUUGAGUUAUUUAAUGCUUUGUCCUGUGUCACUCCAGCUUGGAAGUGUAAAAUAUACUUACCCUAGCAACCCCCUAGCAACUAGGUGGUGGGAUGAAUGACAGAACGGAAGGUGAAGUGAGGAGCUGGGAAAUGUAAUCAAAAUGAACAAUGAAGAAGCCUCUUGUUGAAUCUGCUUUCUGGUUGUUGAGAGUAGAUGCCACUAGCAACCAGCAUUUAAUAAUUUUUGGUUAUGAAAAAGAAAUGCAAAUUAUUCCAAAAUGCAAAUAGAAAUAAAGUCAUAUGUAGGGACCCAUAUGUUUACUAAUCUCCCUAUGGCUUUAUAUCCCUACACUUCCUGAUCUCUCUAGUUGCUGGGCAGAUGCCCAUGUAUCUAGUUGUAGUUAUUGGCUAAGAGGCUUUAUGACCACUUCCUGCAGCACUGUAACAUAGUGCUCAGUUAUGGGUGGAGCUUCCUCUUUGGCUCCACAAGUGGCCCUAAAGCCAAUUUGCCCUACAGGGACCUGAACCUCUAGUGUUAAGUCAGGGAUCAGGGUCCCAUGACUGAGGCUAGUGAGUGGCAGGAAUAUAAUUGUUAUAAACUCUGUAGGAGAAUAAGACAGUAAGGGAAGAGAGAAAGAGCAGCUUUGUGCUCCAUCAAGGAGGUGUAACAGGGAGGAGCUUCCCAGGCUGUAAGA